AUGGAUGAUGAGCUUUGUAAUAAACUAGGAAUUAGUAAUAUUUUAAAAGAUUUAGAUGCUAAUAAAAUAUAUAUAAAAUUAAAUUCCAUUCAGACUAAUAAUACUUAUGAUGAAUAUUGCAAAGGUAUUAGUACUUCUAAUCACACAAACGAUGAUAUUAAAAACCUUUGUUAUAAACUUGUUUGGAAUAUGAUAAAUUUGUCUACCAGACUAAAUGAUGUAAAUGAUAAUGAUAAACUUUCAUAUGUUUUGUACUGGUUAUAUGAUGAAAUAUGGAAAAUCUACAAAAACUACAAAACUACUAAUGUGCAUGAUGCCUUUUACAAUAUUGUUGACUUAGUGUAUAAAAUUAAUGAACAAUUGAAUAAAUAUCAUUAUGUCCCCUUUACUAAUUAUGAUUUAACAGAAUGGAAAAAAGAGAAAUAUCUUCAUGACUAUUUUAAGAAUUUCAAUCUUUUAAAACCCGAUGUUGAUACGAAUAAAAUAGUUGGAUAUUGCAAAUAUAUCCUUCAUAUUAUAAAUCUAUACGAAAGUGAGAAAGAAAAUUGCUGUUUUAUUCAAGAUUCUAAAUUGAAAGGGUUUUGUAAUCAUUAUUUUAACUGUGAUCCAGAAUAUAAUCCUAGGGAUCUAUUUAACACACUUAAAUGUAAUAAUAUUGUAAGUGUCCUAGCUCAGUUUGGUACAGAGAAGAACUCUAUAAAGGGUGAUGAAGGAUAUUAUCUUUGGUUAUUCGAUUUAUUUACUAUAUCAAAACCAAAGAAUCAAGAAAAAAAAUUAAAGACUACACUAAGUGAACCAAGUGGUAGAGAAGCACAAUUAAAGAUUACACCAUCCAAGCCACCUUCAGAGGAACCAAUCUCCCAAUCUAGCAGCGAAAAUGGAAGUUCAUAUGUAACUGAACCUUUUAAAGAACAUGAAGUAUGUUCUGAUCCGUUAACAGAAUCAGAUUCUCAUGAACCAUGUAAUAAAGUAGACGUUUCAAAUCCUGCAACUGUAGAAAAUUCUGUUGAUGGUGUUCCUGUAGAAGCAAAUGGAACAAUGAGUGUUAUUAAUAAUUACACCUAUUCUUUUCCAGAACCUCCUCACUUUGUUCCAACGGAAAAUAGUGAUUAUACAUCUUUCACAUCAGACGAAGAUUUUGAUGUAUUUAGCGGGACAUUUUUUCGUAUUUCUAGCGUAGUAUUAUUAACAUUGGGAAUAGUAUUUACUUGCUAUUAUUAUUUUAAACAAAACCCUGUUAGAUUAAAUAUGAAAAGACGCAGAAGACGAAGACGGAGAUUUAAGUACAAAAAUAGUAAAAGGGAUAUACCAUAUUUUUAUUCAAAUGAUUUAUAUGAUAUGUAUAACUUUACAUACGGGUGA